AUGAUAUUUCACGAUGUAGUGGAAAGCGAUUUGCAUGACUGGGAAUGUGACGAUGAUUAUGUGUGUAAGUUCUGCACAGUUCGAGUGAACAAUUGGAAGAUAGAGAUUUACCAACUUUGGCAUUAUUUUUUUUUUCUCAAAGAUGUGGUUGGUGUUAUUGUCCGAAAGUUGAAUAUAGCUAUCGAUAGAGAUUAUACUUGCGAGGGACUUCAUGUUGCUGGUCUAAUUGGAUAUGAUUACGAUAAAGUUGAAGAAUACACUGGAAUGUGUACUAUUUGUAAACUUGGAGAUUGUGGAGGGAUGUGUAGACGUGUUGUAGAACAUUGCAAGAAGUGUGGUCCAAUACAAGAAGGUGUAUUCGAGACCCCAUUUGAAAAACCUCAUCAUUUUGAAUCACUGGAAAUAACCAGCUUCACGAUCGAUUGUUUAUUGUAUGGAAACCGAUUCCGUCCAACUUUGGUAAACUUCAAAAACGCGCCCAUCACAGUUGAUUCGCUCUCAAUUAAUGCCCCUUCUUCCGGAAUCCCAAAAGUAUUUCUCAGUGCUAUGAUGAUUUCCAAGUGGAAGGUGAAGACUCUGCAUUUGGUUGUUGUUGGAAAAAACAUAUUAAACGAGGUUACAGUUAUUGAUUCUAAAAACCUGCGAGGAUUCCCCGUAUGCAAUGGAGGAGCUUCAGUUAAGUUUGACUGGAAAAAUGCUUGA